AUGCAUAGCCAAGGAUUGACUCCUGCAGUCAUUGGAUCUGCAGUCUCAUGGGGAGGAUACUUUUAUCUGUACGAAGGCUUCAAGAAACAACUUAGACAGAGCAAACAAGCCAGAGGCAAAUCAGAAGAGUUGCAUUCUCUGGACAAUUUUGGAGUGGCCGUCUUGGCGGGUGCUUGCAUGGUGUUUUUGACCAAUCCAGUCUGGCUCAUCAAGACUCGUAUGCAACUUCAAAUGAAGCGGUCUUCAGACGCCUACAAUGUGAAGAAACCAUACAAAGGACUCGUGGAUGCCGCUGCGACGAUUGUGAGGGAAGAAGGUUUCUGGGCUUUGUACAAGGGAACUGUCCCAGCUUUGGCAUUGACAUCUCACGGGGGAGUUCAGUUUGUAGCCUACGAGUUCCUCAAAAAGCAUUUCCAUUAUGCCAGGCCAAAACGAGAUGAAAGCAAGUCCGUUCUGGAGCGUCUAGAAUUAUCCAUGGGAUUCUUGACCAUUGGAGCAGUCUCAAAAGUAAUUGCCAGCACUGUCACCUAUCCUCUGCAGGUGCUCAAGGCUAGAUUGCAACAACGGUCAGAAUCGCUGGAAAUUACAGCAGAUGGCGACAUCAAAGCCGUGAGACGAGAAUACCAAGGUGUCAUCAAAAGUAUUCGGAGGAUGUGGCAACGGGAAGGUAUUGCUGGUUUCUUCCGAGGCUGCAUUCCCAAUGCUAUCCGUGUUGCUCCGGGAGCAGCAAUAACCUUUCUAGUUUAUGAAUCGGUGAUUGACUUGCUCCAGGGAAAAGGGAGUUGA